UUCCUGGGGAAAAACAAAUCAAAUAGUCAGAGGUAGAUGAACUUUCAGCCAUAUCUACUUGUGUCUCUUUUUUUCCAGGCCGACUCUAAAGUAGCUGUGUUAGGUGCAUCUGGAGGAAUCGGCCAACCACUAUCACUGCUUUUGAAGGAGAGUCCCUUGAUCAGCCAGUUGGCUCUGUAUGAUAUUGCACACACACCAGGCGUUGCUGCAGAUCUUAGCCACAUUGAGACCAGGGCCAAUGUUACAGGUUACCUAGGCAAUGACCAACUCGGUGAUGCUCUCAAAGGAAGUGACGUUGUUCUUAUACCAGCUGGUGUCCCGAGGAAGCCAGGCAUGAGCCGUGAUGACCUGUUCAGUACGAAUGCAUCUAUUGUGAGGGAUUUGUGCAAGGCAGCUGCGGAAGCUUGUCCUCAAGCUAUGCUUGGAAUCAUCACCAAUCCAGUUAACUCAACAGUCCCGAUAGCAUCAGAGGUUUACAAGCAAGCCGGUUGCUACGACCCUUCCAAAAUCUUUGGUGUGACCACGCUGGAUGUGGUGCGUGCCAAUACGUUUGUUGCCCAAGCCAAGAGUCUGGAUGUUGCUACAGUUAAUGUCCCAGUCAUAGGUGGUCAUGCUGGGGUCACGAUCAUACCUCUCCUUUCACAGACCACACCAAAAGUCAGCUUCACCGGAGACGAGCUGCCAUCUCUCACUGUACGCAUCCAGAAUGCAGGAACUGAAGUUGUGGAGGCCAAAGCUGGAGCCGGUUCAGCCACCCUUUCUAUGGCAUUUGCUGCUGCAAGAUUUUGUUUCUCUCUUCUUCAAGCUAUCAAUGGAAAGGAAGGUGUUGUUGAGUGUGCUUUUGUCAGAUCCGACUUGACAGAGUCACCGUACUUUGCCAACCCUAUCCUCCUUGGGAAAACUGGUAUGGCAAAAAACCUUGGAUUUGGUGACCUAUCCGACUUUGAGAAGGAGCGUGUAGAGGAGGCCAUGGAUGAACUCAAAUCUAGUAUCAAGAAGGGAGAAGACUUUGUCGCAUAAAAACCUAUCUAUUCACACAUAGUUUUAUAUAUUGCGUCUGACGCUAUUGAAUUUUAGCAAGGUAUAACGGUUUCAGUGUACAAAAUGAUAGCAACACCGGGUUCCUAAGAAGUAAUAUGAUUUGAGGAAAAAUUGUUUACUUCAUUAUUUGUGUUGGAGUGUAUGAAUAAAAUACUUGUAAUUCCUCUUUUUUGUUGUUUCCAAGUGGCUACACAAGGUAGUAGGCAGGCGGAUUGAAAUAAGUCUCAUCAAUACUUGUGGAUGGGUAGGAGAGGAGUUUUAGACAUAAAUGUCAAUCAUUGAUAUUUGGCAGUCUUUAUAUUAAACUUUGGAAGUUAUAUUCAUUGAAAGAAGUAAAAAAAAAAAUCAGUUUAAUCGCAAUUUAUUAAUUGCAAUUUAUUUAUGAGAUUGGUGAAAGUCGGUCAACUCUAUAUUAUACAGUAUGAGAAUGGACAAAAAAUAUAUGUUGUCUGAAAAUUCUCAUAGAGAUUUUCAGUUUUUUAAUAUAUUUAUAACGAGUAUGUCAGCAGCCCAUUUUCAGAGGUAUAGAUAUAUAUGGUGCUAGCUUUCAUGCCAGGUGGGCGUUUCAUAAAGCUGUUUGUAAAUUACAAGCCACUUUAUGAACGACUGGUGAUCCUUUCUGAGGAGCUUAAUCAACACCAAUGAAAAUUUGUGCACAUACUUAACCACAAGAAGGGAUCACCAGUUGUUCGUAAAGUCGCUCGUAACUUCAGAACAGGUUUAUUAAGCACCCACCAGGUAACAAGAUUAGCCGGUCUCACUAAAUUUGUCAUUCACGUAGGCAUUGUUCAAUCAUGGACCUACUAGGUCCGUGGUUCAAUGUUUAGGCAAAAGGUCAAAGAUUUACUCCCAUCCUUGCAAGUCUUGUCCCCGUUUUCAAAUGAGAAGGUCCGGUUAAAGAAGAGCAAACAAUUCACAACUCGAAAGAGGAUACCCCAUGUGAACGGAGAGGUACGAAAUGACGUAAUAACUGGUGGAUCAAAUGUCAACCAGUGGUUUAACCAGCUUUGUGAUGAUUCCUUUCAGAUGUUAACAAUAUCCCCAAAUGGUAUUAAUGCAUUAAAGACGGUAUCAGAAAACUGAAA